AUGAAUGAUGUACCACCAGUUCCACAUCGAGGAGUUCACAACUGUUGGGACUAUUUCAAUUGUCCCACAUUGUUGUUUGAAAGAUAUUUCCAAGGUCAGAAAUCAGACAAAAGAUUCUUUGCUUGCUCAGCUUGCAGAGAUAGGAAAGACUGUGAUUUCUUUCAGCAUGAAGACGAAAAAAUCUCUGAUGCGAGGAAACAAGCGAGACACGAGUUCAAUAGGUCAAAGCAACCGGAGUACACACAUAACGAGUAUUACAAAAGAUAUCAAAGCGCAUUGAGAGAGAAACCGUCCAAACGUUCGUAUUGUCACCACUGUAAUUUACUUCUCUCACCCAAAGAAACUAAGUCACAUGGGAAUCAUCGAAUGACGACAAAUAUUUCCAAUGAACAGCUGCUGAAACCAAGCUUUGUCAUGGCACCAUUGGAGAAUAAAAAGACUAAUGCGCAAUACCUGUACAAUGAGAAAACUGUUGAAUUUCUCUUAAAAACUAUCCAGACAUUGGGAUUUGAUAGAGUUGUGUGCAUUGGAACCCCUAGAUUACAUGAAGUCAUUAUGAGUUCUGAGCAAAAGAAACUUGACAGUCUCUUGCUUGAUAUUGAUCACAGAUACUAUCAGUUCUACCCUCCAAACAACUACUGCCGAUACAAUAUGUUCAACCAUCAUUUUUUUGAUGGAGACGAAAGCGAGAAAUAUUUUCAAGAUUUCCUCCAUCGCAAUGGUGGGGAUGGGGUUGUCGUGGUGACAGAUCCCCCAUUUGGGGGACUAGUGGAAGUUUUAGCCUUCACCAUAAAGAGAAUCAUGAUGCUUUGGCACAAGGAUAAAACAGAUGUGUGUCGUUUCCAAGAUCUGCCAGUUAUUUGGACUUUUCCCUAUUUCCUAGAAUUUCGUAUUGUCAAGUGGCUACCUUCAUUUCAUAUGUCUGAUUAUAAGGUUGGUUAUGAUAACCACGCUUUAUUUCAAUGUGGCAAAAAAAACAAGGGAACACCGGUCAGAUUAUUCACAAAUUUAUCUCCGAAGACAUUUGUACUUCCUAAAGAAGAUGGCUAUAGGUUUUGUGAUGUAUGUGACAGGUACAUAUCUUCGGAGAAUGUACAUUGUGAAAAAUGUAAUAAAUGUACAUCCAAGGAUGGUAGAAGAUAUCAUCACUGUGAACUUUGCAACCAUUGUGUUAAGCCAGGUCGUGAACAUUGCAGUACGUGCAAUCGAUGUGAAUUGGUGAAGCAUAGAUGUAUAAGUGAUAGGUCGUCACUCGGUUGUCAUAUCUGUGGUGACCUCACACAUAAAAGACGAGAAUGUCCCCAACGAACUGCUGCCAAACCUGGUGGUAAAGGUAACAGGAAAAGAAAACACAAUUCACUUGCAAGCGAUACAGCUGGAUCAAGUGAUACAACAGUGAUUGAUGAGAGUUUUAAAACGUCAGCUGAUAAUGUCAACUGUAGAAAAGAUAGUAUUGAAAGCACAGGGGUAUAUACAACAGACAACACACCAUGUAAACACAGACGCAAGCCAAGCAAAUCAAACAAAAAGAAGAGAAAGUUCCACAAGAAAUCUUGAUAAAAGCAGACAAAUUGACUCACUAGCUUACCUAACAGAUUUUGUUUUGUAUUGUUUUGUUUACAUUAUAAAAGACCAACGUGAAAAUAAAAUGAAUUUUAUCCUUUUA